AUGCCUCCAAAAGCUGAUUGGGAAAAAUAUAAGGCUCCAGUAGAUGGCGCUGAUGAUUCUAAUAAGAAGGAAGAAAAUAUUACACCCCUAACUGAAGGUGAUAUCCAAGUGUUAAAGACAUAUGGUGCUGCUCCAUAUGCAUCAAAAUUGAAGGAAACAGAAGGUGAUUUGAAGAAAAUUGAAGCAAGAAUUAAGGAGAAAGCUGGUGUUAAAGAGAGUGAUACUGGUUUAGCACCUUCUCAUAUGUGGGAUAUCAUGGGUGAUAGACAAAGAUUGAGCGAAGAACAUCCAUUACAAGUGGCACGUUGUACCAAGAUUAUCAAAUCCAAGGAACAGCUACGUCAAGAAGCAUUAGAGAAUAACGAUACACAAUCUUCUAAUGGUAAUGGUUCAGCUAGUUCGACCUCAGCAGAACAAGGCUCUACUAAUACAGAUACGAUUGGGGAUGAUGACGAUGAAGAAUCGAAAUAUGUUAUUAACUUGAAACAGAUUGCGAAGUUUGUUGUAGGACUUGGGGAACGUGUAUCUCCAACUGAUAUUGAAGAAGGUAUGAGAGUUGGUGUAGAUAGAUCUAAAUACCAUAUUGAGCUACCAUUACCACCAAGAAUUGAUCCAUCUGUAACGAUGAUGACCGUCGAAGAAAAACCAGAUGUUACAUAUAGUGAUGUUGGUGGUUGUAAAGAUCAAAUUGAAAAACUAAGAGAAGUUGUCGAAUUACCAUUAUUAUCUCCAGAAAGGUUUGCCACAUUAGGUAUUGAUCCACCAAAAGGUAUAUUGUUAUAUGGUCCUCCUGGUACAGGUAAGACCCUGUGUGCGCGUGCUGUUGCUAAUAGAACAGAUGCUACAUUUAUCAGAGUGAUUGGUUCUGAAUUAGUACAGAAGUAUGUGGGUGAAGGUGCACGUAUGGUUAGAGAAUUAUUCGAAAUGGCACGUACGAAGAAAGCUUGCAUUAUUUUCUUCGAUGAAAUCGAUGCUGUUGGUGGUGCCCGUUUUGAUGAUGGUGCUGGUGGUGAUAAUGAAGUUCAAAGAACUAUGUUAGAGUUGAUUACACAAUUAGAUGGGUUUGACCCUCGUGGUAAUAUCAAGGUGAUGUUCGCUACUAAUAGACCAAACACUCUUGAUCCUGCGUUGUUAAGACCUGGUAGAAUUGACCGUAAAGUUGAAUUCUCUCUUCCGGACUUGGAAGGUCGUGCUAAUAUCUUCCGUAUUCACUCAAAAUCUAUGAGUGUCGAGAGAAAUAUUAGAUGGGAAUUAAUAUCAAGAUUAUGUCCAAACUCCACAGGUGCAGAAUUAAGAUCAGUAUGUACAGAAGCAGGCAUGUUUGCAAUUAGAGCUAGAAGGAAGGUUGCCACGGAGAAGGACUUCCUGAAGGCUGUUGAUAAAGUCAUUAACGGUUAUAAGAAAUUCAGUUCUACCUCCCGUUACAUGCAAUAUAAUUAG